ACUUUCUAUGACUUCACGGACAGAAGGACGAUCGAAUCGUUAGAUUCUCAUGCAGAAGAGGUGGCGCAGUGUAACCACGACAGUUUCAGAGACCAAAUGUGGGACCUAAUCUUCUCGGUCAAUGUUACCAACGAUCUUGCAAAAGCUAGGCUUAUAUUCCGUUGGAUUACAAAGAAAGAUGUAGCAGAUAUCGAGUUUAAGACGGUUGAAAAAGACAGUCCAGAAGAAAUCCUGAUAUGGUUGAAGAUGGGAAGGUCAACUCCUGCUCAUGUCUUCUAUACCAUGUGCUGUUUUGCCGGCCUUCACUGCAAGUUGAUUUCCGGUCUAGCAAAGGGUGCCAACUACAAAAUCGGGCAACCCAUGACCCCUGAGGAAUACCAGCAUUGGUGGAAUGCUGUGUAUAUUUACGGGAAAUGGUGUCUUGUUGACAGUUACCUGGCAACCAUUCCUAUUAUAAACAAAACUGGAACAGGCGAACUGAAAUACAGUUUUAAUGAAAACUAUUUUCUAGUUGACCCAAAUAAACUAAUUUACACACAUUUUCCGGAAGAACCACAGGCACUUGGUUGCACUGAUGGUAUGUUGAAAAUUCGCUUUUUAAAGAAUCUUAAAAAUUUGGUCUCAGGAUAGAUAUAAAGAUAAGGUAUUGCACUCCGCCAUUAUCGGCCAUUAUCGGCAACGGAACUACGGUCGACUGGUUUUGCAAACGGUAGUAAGCCACUAAUUUAUCGUGGC